AUGAUCUCAAGUUUCGCGUACUGCCUAGCUGUGGCCCAGCUUGGUGUAGCUGCAGCAGCCGCCAGCACCAAGUCCUGCACCGCGGAAACCUUUUCCUCCCUCGACCUUCCCAACAUCAAGGUCUCCUCUGUUGAUGUCACCUCUAAGAAUGUCGCUUGGCCAUCCACCUCUGAUCUGCUCAAUGUCUACAGAGUCCCCAAGAACGGCACUGUAGCAGUCUGUCAGCUGACCGUCAACUAUACCCACCCGGGUUGGAACGACAACGUCACCACGUGGAUCUCCUUGCCCCUAGAUUCCUGGAAUGGACGCUUCGCAGGCAUGGGCGGUGGCGGUUACACCACCGGCGAAUUGGUCCAUAACAGCCAAGCCGCAUUCGAAGGGUUUGCCGCUGCAUCCACAGACGGUGGACACGGCGAAUCCGCGACUACCGAGUCUUGGGCUCUGGCCAGUGAGGGCAAUGUCAACUGGCCUAAUCUCAACGAUUUCUCUUCCGUUGCACUUGAUGAUGCUGCCUCAUUGGGCAAGGCUGCUAUCAAGAUGUUCUAUGGCCACCCGGCCAAGUAUUCGUACUGGAACGGAUGUUCAACUGGAGGCAGACAGGGACAUAUGAUGGCCCAGAGAUACCCUACUCAGUAUGACGGUAUCCUGGCUGGAGCUCCUGCUAUUAACUGGGACAAAUUCAUCCCUGCUGAGUACUGGCCCCAGGUGAUGAUGAAGGAACUUGACUACUAUCCCUCAUCAUGUGAAAUGGAUGCUCUCACUCAAAGUGCGAUCAGCGCUUGUGACGAGCUAGACGGUGUUAAAGACGGCAUCAUUUCCAUGGAGGGACUAUGUCAUUUCGACCCCCUGACCGUAGUUGGCAAAACUGUCAACUGCACAUCUCCCAACGGCACCAUCAAGAUCUCCAAGAAGGCCGCCCAAAUUGCGGCUGCCAUUUGGGCCGGUGCGAAGGCCUCAGAUGGAUCUGCCCUUUGGUACGGGCUUCCCUAUGAAUCUCCCCUCACCUACCUCGGCGGAACAAACUGCAUGUCUCUCACGGACUGCGAAUCCCUUCCCUUCACUAUCUCCUCAGACUGGAUAAAAUUAUUCCUUCAGAAGAACACCUCCUUCGAUGUGUCCACCAUCGGCUAUGAAGAAUUCGACACAUUGUUCCGCCAAUCAGUGAACGAGUAUGCCUCAGCCAUCGGAACCCGCGAUCCCGAUCUCACACGAUUCAAGAACGCUGGGGGAAAGAUGAUCACCUGGCACGGCAUGAAGGACCAGCUCAUCUUUUUCAACGGCACCGAACAUUACUACCGCCAGGUCUUGGAACAUGACCCCAAGGCCCAUGAUUUCUACCGAUUCUUCCCUGCCCCGGGUGUGGAGCAAUGCAGGGGUGGACCUGGUUGGUAUCCUGGCGAAAGUAUGAAGGCUUUAAUGGACUGGGUUGAGAAGGGUAUCGCACCUGAGACUCUCAAGGCUAUUGCCACGCCUUCCGCUACUGGGGAUGCGCAGCUGCCAUUGCGUACUGCUGGCUUGUGUCCUUGGCCAAAGGUUAUGACUUUUGUCGGUGGUAACCCUAAUAAGGCUUCUUCCUUCGUCUGUAAAUAG